UCCUCAGUAGACCUGAAUCUCUCGACAGUCUGCGAGCACUUGGAAAAAAUGCGUGAAUCCGAGAAACUGAAACUCGGGCAUGGGCGCGUGCUGUCCUACGCGAUAUAUGGGUCGCCGGUCCCCAAAACCACAGUCUUCUACUUCCACGAUUUUCUUUCCAGCGGAAAAGAGGGGAAGCUUUGGCAUACGGCAUCGUCGAAUCUCAACAUCCGCCUCAUAUCUCCCGACCGUCCGGGUAUGGGCGAUUCAACUUAUGACCCAGACCGUACGCUUCUGACCUGGCCCAAGGAUGUCCUCGCACUCGCGGACAGCCUGAAGAUCCAACGAUUCUAUGUCAUUGGGCUGGGAAGUGGUGGUCCGUACGCCUUGGCUUGUGUAAAGGAGAUUCCACGAGAGCGAUUAGCAGGCGUGGCGGUUGUCUCUAGUCUUUAUCCUGUCUCUUCAAAGGCCGUACAUAUGCCAUUCUUCCCGAAGUUCUUGACAACUUGGAUUGGACCUUGGGUACCGGGUACGCUCGAUAUCUUCAUUGAUAUGACCAUGGGAAACGCUGCGCGAGAUUCAGAUCCCAAAGUUUUCGACGAUUGGCUGCUCAAGGAAAUCGAAUCCCGCCCGAAAGUCGAUCAGGAAGCCAUCAACGAUGAGAGGAAUCGAUGGUUGUUUCUUCAGGCUGCCCGAGAUGGUUUAAAGCAGGGAAGUCAAGGGCUGGCAUGGGAGACAAGAUUGAUUCGGACGCCGUGGGAGUUUGAGCUGGAGGAACUGGAGAUCGGAGGCGAGGAAGGUGUAUCAUUGACUCUGUGGCAUGGAUCGCAGGAUACAAACUGCCCGUCUGAUAUGGUAUUGAAGGCGAAGGAAGUGAUGCCAGAAUCGACGUUGCGCAUGAAGGACGAAGCGGGUCACUUUAGUUUUGCUUUCAGUCACCAGGAAGAAAUACUGGGUGAGUUGGCAGGCUUACAAUCCUAA